AUGGACGCUGCAGCGAAGGCCAGGGCCUUCUACGAGAAGGCUCGCUUGCGGAUGUUCUUCCACGCCGAGAACGGUGAGACAAAGGAGUUCGAGAUGUGGCUGGACGUCUUGGAGAACCCCAACGUCAAAGACGACAAUGGGCGGACCUGCCUGCACAUCGCGGCUCUCAUGGGCCACGUGGACAUCGCCAAGCUGCUGCUGGACACCCGGGACUGCAACCCAAACGCCAUCGACGACCACGGAAGGACCCCGCUGCGCGUGGCCCUCGCCGACUCCGCCAAGGACUCCACCAGAACCGGGAGGCUCGAAAUCGCGGAGCUGCUCCGGGAGCACAGGGGGACCGACGCCACCUCCUACACCAGGGUCUACCCUACUGGCCCGGUCUGA